AUGUUCCCACAGAGUGACGUCAUCCAGGGGGUCGCCGCAGGCCGGGUGGUGCAGGAGCCUGGGCUCCUGGUUGAUGUAUUUGGGCAGAACACUCUCUCCACGUCCCCGGAGAUUGACCGAGCCCAUCGGACCCUCGCUCCAAAGCCCGCUCCAGGAGCCAGACCCCGUCCUGUGAUCAUCCGCCUCCACUCCUUCCAAGUGAAAGACCUGAUCAUCCGUGAGGCCCGUAGAAGAGGACCCCUGCUCUACAAAGACCAUCCGAUUCGCAUCUACGAAGACUACAGCCCGGACGUGUUGAAGCUGCACAGCGAGUACCGCACUGCCAUGGCCGAGCUGUAUAAGCGAGGAUACCGCCCGGCGCUGCUCUUUCCAGCCAAGCUGCGCAUCAUGAUGCCAAACGGGGAGAGGAAGUGGCUCACAUCAGCUCCAGCAGCGGAAAAGUUUGUUCAGGACUUGGACAAUGACUCCUAA